AUGCGCAUCAAGAGAAACGCUGACGCAUCGAACCUUGAUCAGGCGGACACCGCUACCGAAGAGGCCGAUGCGACGGCGACUGAAGCCUGCAGGGACCCGUCAGAGGGAGAGCUUCAUGAGAUGCUGCACGGCAUCACGGGCAGUGGUACGGAGAGAAACGAGAUCAAGCAUUCAUACCUUAACAACACAUGCCCUGGGUCACCUUUGAACCGUUAUCAGGAGCCUCUCAAGUCCAGAGCGCUAUGUCCUUUUGUCAUGGAGACAGAUACAGAUGUAGAGAGAUACCCGCAAGACAUCCUUUCCGCGAGAUGCGCGUGCCCUGAUUGUAUUAACCCUUACAUCAAUGACUUCAUUAGAAACCCAGGCGUUGACUGCAAGCCAGUUGUACGCGAGAUGGAGACGCUUAGACGCGGACAAUGUGUGGGUGGUGUCUACCGUUAUGAGAAGCAGACAACCAAAGUUCCAGUGGCUUGUGUAUGUGCCAGGAGGCUUGCAGUAUGA